UGCGUUACGUAAGGAACUUCCCACCAGCUCGCUUGGCCAUUGCCAUGAGUUCCGGAGGUAAACGCUGACAUCCGCUGCCAUUUUAGGAUAAGCAGCGGACCGAAGGUCGCAGAUCGGAAGGCAGAAUGACUGCUCCAACAGCAGAAGAGAGGAAGAACUGUUGGGGAGCAAGGGACAAGUACUGGCAGUGUCUGGAUCAGACGGAUGAAGACUUUUCACUGUGUCAGAAAUCCAGAAUAUUAUUCGAAGGCAGCUGCCCACAGCAGUGGAUCAAGUAUUUUGACAAAAGAAGAGAUUAUCUGAAAUACAAGGCGAAAAUACAAAGUGUAGAAUAUCAGCCACAGGAGAGCACUGACAAAUUAUAACCACCCGCCGGCAGAGACUGCAUUCAACCAACUUUCGGUGGCUGUUGAUUGGGAACUGAUCACAGCAUAUGUUUUAUAGUGGACAAAAGAAAUUGUGCCCUCAGAAAAACACUCCGGUGCUGCAAUAAAUGAAUGUUGAAGAUACUGAAAUGGCCAGGCAGUAGCUGUGAAAUCAGAAACAAUUAAAGUUCCUGGGUCAAUGCCAUUUCAGAUUUCCAGCAUCCACAGUGGUUUGCUUUUGUAGUUCUGUGUUCCAGAGAGAAUAAUAUUAUGACCAUCAUUUAUUGUCGCAUUGUGCUGUUAUCAUUUGAUUUAAUACUGAUUACAAUGUAAGGAAAGCUGCAGCCAAAAUCAGCAUAACAUAAUGCUGUCUGAUUCACUUGAUCUAUUCACAUCCAAAAUCUAGUGAUAGUGAUGUGACCAUCCUAAUAUGAUCCUCCUUCAAAUCCACACUUCAAAUGUGGCCUAAAUUCACAAGGAUUGGAUGUGUAAUUGUAGUUAUGUGGUUGCAAAUUUGUCCACUCCUCCAUUGUUUGAUGGGUGCAUGGACUUUUGACCUUUUGACUUGGCUUUUAAUUUCCACUAUCCUUGUGACAUUGUUGUAUCAACAUUUUAAGAAUUAUAAUUAAUACAGAAUGUCAGAGAAUGUGAUUUAAAAUCGAGCAAUGCAAGGUUAUUUUUUAACCAUGUUCAAAUACAUCAUGGACAUUAUGCUCCCUCUGCUGGUAAACCAGUAAAUAUUACACCAGCUGGAUUUCUCCAACAGAACUGGAACUAUUUGUGGUUAAACUAUUUAUUUAAAAUAUGUACAAUUUUCUCUGUAUUACCUUGAAAACAAAUCUGAAUCUGAAGUAAUAUCACUUUUGAGAAGUCUCAAUUUAACAAAUUAUCACUUUAAAUGGCUGUCUUUAAAUAGUACAAAAUAACCAGCUGCUGCACACAUUUGGAGUAAUGCAUAUUUAUUAAAUUUAACAUGUUUAAUUAACUUCAUCGUUUGACAACAGCUUGUGGUGGAGAGACUGAAAGGAGAUGCUGCCUGUCCUGCUGUUAUUCCAGCAUUUUGGGUCUACCUAUUUAUUUAAUAUAUUAGUUGCUCCGUACAAAAUGGGCAAAAUAUGAAUGCAAAUGAACAAUGUUGAAUGACAUCUUCAAAUUUCUCUGCUCGUCUACCAUCACAUGUAUAAAUUAAUCCUUUUGGAAAGAUAGAACCAGCAUUUUUCUGCAGAAUGUUCUUGAAAAACACAAGUGCAAGAACGACAAGCAAGCACUUUUACACGUUCCAGAAAUCCUGUGAUGUGAAUUGUACUUAUCCCUUUUAUAGAGAUCUAAAAAUAUAAUUGCAUAAUUAUAACGAAAGAUGAUGCCAGCAGUGGCCAUAUGUUAGUAGUGUAUGGUUUCUGUUUUCUAUGGAACAGUUCAAAAAGAACAUCUUUGCCAUUUCACUGAAAAUAACAGUCAAAGGGAAUCUUUCUUGUGUGUGUGUAAUGUCACAACUGUAAAAUGGUCAGAGGGAAUUGCCCAACCACCCAAGGCUUCAACCCUUCUGAGAACUGCUGCUGUAAUCAGCUUCCAUUGCAAUAGAUGUUCAGUAGUUGCAUCAUUCUUUAAUUUACCUUAUUAUCUGGUUUACGAAGAGAUUAAUCUGCAAAACCACUGCUCCAUAUAAUACUCAAUCAAAAGAUACUGCAUAAUAAAAGUCCAAAUAAUUAUAUAAUUGGACUACUUAAGAUUGCUGGAUAGAUUCGCUUGACUAUAAUAAGAAAAUAUUGCAAUCACGGUAUGAAUAAAAGAUCUGAUGUUCUCGGUGUUGAUCUG